GGUUACCUGUCUCUGCCUAUGAGCGCAAUUCGUCCAAUUCUACUGCAGCUGGCCACAGCACUGAGCCACCUGAAGGGGAUUGGAAUCAUCCACGCAGACAUCAAACCUGAAAACAUAAUGAUCGUGGACCACCAGGAGCCGCUGAGAGUUAAACUCAUCAUAGACUUCGGCAUAGCCUGUCAUGUGUCCGAGGUUAACAGAGGUUCUGUUGUUCAGAGCCUUCGGUACAGGUCUUCAGAAGUCCUGUACGGGCUGCCCUUUACAGAGGCCAUAGACAUGUGGUCUGUGGGCUGCGUGGCUGCUGAACUUCUCAUUGGCUGUCCACUCUACCCGGCUCAGAGCAAAUAUGAUAUGAUAAGAUACAUAGGUCAGACUCAGGGUCAGCUGCCAGACCAUCUGAUCAAUCUUGGACUGUACAGCUCUGAGUUCUUCAAUAGAGACACUGAAGGCAGCGAGCAUCUCUGGAGCCUCAAGACACAAGUACAAGUUUGUUCUGUCAUCUGA